AUGCUCCAGGGCCAUUCUAAGUCGCAGAAAUGUCGCAAAAAUCUAUCAGCAUUCCCAUCUAUCGAGAAUUUCAUUUCAUUCAAGAAAGCAAAAGCGUCAUGCACUAGGACUUUAUAUAAGAUUAAGAAGAAACAAUGGAAGAAAUUUGUGAAAUCAUUUGACUAUAACGACAACAGGCAGAACAACCUUCUAGAAAAGGCCAAGGAUAAAAUCUGUCUUCCUUUCUGCUCUACGAAUACUGGCAAAAGCUUGUCAUCGAUGAUUGCAGAAGACAUUGACCAUCCAGGGAACAGUUUUCAAAGAUCUGGAUUUGCUCUUUUCCAUCAAUGAGUUUAACCUCGUUUUAUCACAAUCUAGAAAAAAUUCCUCUCUGGGUCUAGAUCAAAUCAGCUAUACUAUGCUUUCUGCUGACUAAAUACAAAGAACUUUACUGAAUUUAUUCAAUCGCUUUUUAGAGGAAGGAAUUAUACCACCUCCUUGGAAGACCUAGCUCAUCAUCUUCAUUCCGAAAGCAAAUAAUUCUGACUUCCGCCCCAUCUCACU